UUAGGACCAUGUGUCGCAUUUAAACGUGCCAGUACGGGCUGAACAAACGGAAACGCGGGUCUUGUUGCCUGGAGAAGGAACACCGAACCACACCUCCGCCGAGAUCUAAAGCCAUCUUAACACGGGUCUGCGAAUGCAAAUCAGCAUGCACCGACCAGAACUAUGGUGGACCACAGCACUAUUGCUGCUGACGUCGGUUCUUGAUGCGACCCGGGCUUACCCGGACGGAGCCCCGGAAGUGGCGUGCGACGACAUGAUGCCGUUCCACAACGGAGCUAGACAGCUCAACGGCAGUGACUCCCCCUACCGGCUGGUGCAGGAGAAGGAGACCUUCAACGCUAACGAAUCCCUUGUAGUAAACCUUUUUACCGAGAGCUCGCACUUCAAGGGCUUCUUGGUGAAGGCUUUGGACGAGCAGGGUAACGACGUUGGCCACUUCCCGCCCGGCGCGAACUACAAGCCAAUGACGGACUGCUCUGGGGCCACGCAUAAGAGCAAGAAGAAAAAGAGCGCCGUGAACUUCCUGUGGCAAGCCCCCGUCGAUAAGGCCGGAAGCGUGCGUUUCAAGGCGACUGUGGUCCAUGACUACCACCUAUUCUACACUGAUCUGUGGAGCACGGUUAAAGUGCGGAAGCUUCGGCCUGGUCGCGUUUCUCUUGCAUUCAAUAAACUUCCAUGAAGU